AUGAGAGACCAUUUACAAGUAAGGCAAAAACCACAAAGAAUAGCUACAGAUUUAAACUUACAUCCAACAACACCGCAUAACGAACAUAUUGAUAAAAAAAGAGCAAGAUUAAUCUAUCAAUCUCGUAAAAGAGGAAUAUUAGAAACAGAUUUAUUAUUAUCAACAUUUGCAAAAAAGUAUUUAAAUGAAUGUACAGAACAAGAAUUGAAUGAGUAUGAUGAACUAUUGAACAUACCGGAUUGGGAUAUUUACUAUUUUGCAAUUGAUCAGAAGCCUGUACCUGAACGAUGGAUCAAUAGCGAGAAUUCUAAUAAAUAA